AUGGCCGCCAUCCGAAGCGGUCUGCUCGACGUGCUCGUGCAAGGAGAAUGGCAUCGCGUGCAUGCGACACUCGAUCCAACAGCAAUCACUCUACAGGCUAUCGAAACCGAUCAGAAUCAGGAGCUGGACGCUGAGAAACGAACUGUGCGCGUGGUGAAAUAUGACGGCAACGGUCUCGGGAUCAGCAUCAAGGGCGGUCGCGAUAACAACAUGCCAAUAGUUAUCAGUAAGAUUUUCAAAGGAAUGGCAGCAGACCACACCGGUGAGUUGUUUGUUGGCGAUACAAUCCUCGCAGUGAACGGCGAGUCGCUCAUCGACGCUACGCACGAUGAUGCCGUACGUGCAUUGAAAAGAGCAGGAAGAGUAGUGGAUCUAUACGUUCAAUACAAAAGAGAUGAGCUAGUCAGACGCGACAACAUUGUUGAAAAAAUUGAGUGGGACGAUGAUACUCGAGACCGAAUCCGUGCCAUUGGACUAAAAUUAGCAUAUGUGGCUCGGGCUGGAAUAGAUGCAGAUGCCGAAGGAAGGAUUUUCGAGAUGAGAAGCCCCUCUGGGCGCUAUGCACUCGCUUUUCGAUGCAUUUCCUCAGUUGAAGCAGACUCGUGGUUUGAAGCGAUUCAUGGAUGUGCUAAUGCGUUACUUACCCAAGCUCUUGCACAGGUUAAUCUUAUGCUUGGAGGACAUCCACAAGUACGAAGAAUGGGAUGGGUUGCUGAACAAGUAAACGAAGAUGGCAUCAUUAUGUGGAAGCCGAAAUUUCUCACCCUUACCCAGAAUGAACUACUAUUUUACGAAGCAGUGCCACAACUCAAAACUGAAUGGGCAGAACCUCGAAUAACACGGCCACUAGUCGCAACAAGGGUUGUGCAGACAACAUCACGAACAGCACCCGUAAUGAAAGGUUUAUCCGACGUUAUAUCUCUGAGGAUACGAACAGGAACACAGAACGGAGUCCGUAGCCACACACUACGAGUAGAAACUCAUGCUGAUCUUGCCCAAUGGGUGCGAGCAAUCGUUAUGGGCACCUAUGAAGCGUGCUCCGAAACUUCGCAGGUUACAUCGCCUUGUAUAUGGCGAGGCGAAAAUUGUGAACUCGUAGUUAAUUUGGACGCAGGAAUAUCACUUACGGGACCGACCAGAGAGAUACUAUGGCAACACCCUUUCGAAUCUAUACAUGCGACAGGUGACGACGGUGGUCGUUUUCUAUGGAUCGACUUCGGUCCUCCGACUGGCGAACAGGAACUGGAUCUCAUAACCUCAGCAAAACCGAUAGUUUUUAUUCUGCACUCCUUCCUUGCAACAAAAGUCUAUCGACUAGGUCUCUACGCUUGA